GCCGCGGACGCCCAGCAGAAGCCGAACGGACACCGCCGGCAGCGGAGCAAACCCACUGGUUCGAAAGGUUCCAGGACAGCCGUCGCAUCGGAAUCACCAGCAAUCGAGAUACAGCUGCAAGCGCCGAGCCCGCUGCAGGUACUUCGCCGCCGGCACAAGCCAAUCCGGCAGAAAGGGACGAGAGAAGCGAAGGCACUUCGCAGCCGCCCCGGGCUGAGACCGUGGGGAAAGACGACCAAGAUGCAGGUACUGCAGAGUCGUCGAAUGCCUGGCUGGCACAGGAAGAAGGUGGAAAUGGAGGCUUUGCAGCAUGGCAACAGGCUGACCACGGACGCGAAGAGUCCGCUGCCGGCAUGCGGUAUGCAGCCGAGGAGUUUCAUCCUGGAAAUGACAGCUGGGGAGGUUCGGGCAAUGGCUGGACGAAUGGCGGCAAGAGCUGGGACCAGCCAGACCCGGCUCCGGGCGUGUGGACCACCGACUCUGGCUCCUCUGCGUCCGCUGCGCGCGGUGCAUUCCAGAAUCAGGAACCUUGGGAGUCCGUGGACACGUGGCAGGCGAAGGACCCGGCGGCCGAAGCUCUCGAGCCUUGGGAAGAGCCCAAAGAGCCUUGGGAUUAUCCUGAGCCACGGGAGAAUGACAAGGUCUCCGAUGGUGGAGGGCAUCUCGCAGCUAUCCACGAGUCGCCGACCCCCAUCAGCUCCCCGCCAAAGCACAGCCAAAGUGUGCAAAGCUCACCCGAGGCUCCGGCAAGCCAGGGUUCGCCGGCCCGGCCUUCAAACAACGGGAUCCAGCCCUCCGACGAGGCUGCCGGCUCCCAGUGGAGGGCACAGGAGGCUCAGCCUGAGCCGUUCUUGUCCAGGACAGCCGGCCCACCAGCAGAUGCACAAGAAUUGGGAGGUGCCCCACGGACACCGGUCGGCCCUCCCGCCCAGUGUGUGAAGACCUUCUGCGGGGAUGCUAAUUUCCUGUCCACGCAGCAAGGUGAUCGAGUGGUCUUAACGCACCCAGAACAAAACGAAAUGUUCUGCGGCCACAACCUACGGACGGGACAGACCAACUGGUUGCCCAGCGACGUGGUGGGCCUUCCGCCUGAGGAUCGAGAUCCUGCCGUGUCGAGUUCGUCUCCUCCGAUGCCAGCGCAGCAGGCCAGCGUUCCAUCACAGGCGAGACCAAAGCCGCAGCCGCCUGUCCUGCAUCGUGAGCCCCCAGGAUCGCCACCAGAGGUGGUGCCGAAUGGACACGUCCCAGUUGUUGUGAAGCAGCCAGCCGAUUUGCAGGCUGAGGCUUCGCCCGUGGAAGUGGAGCCUGGCAUGCGAGUCAAGAACACCAGGGGAAUGGAGGGAGUCGUGUCUGACGUGUACAGCCGGCCUGGCCAAAUCCAUGUCGAGUUCGCCGACGGCACCAGGUCGUGGCACUGCGGCAUCGACAGGCUGCAAAGCUUAGAUGGUCGGCCUCUAAAGUUUGCAGCGGCAGUGUUGAAUGGCGCGAGUGCCGCAGCCUCCAGCCACGAGGUGUUGAACGGUACCUCUUCCAGCCCGUCCUUGCAAGAAGGGGAGUUGCACGAUCCCGCAUGGGAGACGUUUGUGGAUCCCGCCUCCAACAGCUUCUGGUACUGGCAUUCCACAACAAAGGAGUGGUUCUUCGCCCAGAACCCACAACUGGGCUGGACACGAUACCAAAUGGAGGAUGGAAAGGUUUGGUGGUGGAACGAGGACAAGCAAUCGUGGUUCUGGCACGCCGCAAGGAAAGCCUGA